UGCUGUCACACAGGUAUAGAAACCCAUAUAGGGUACGGUUCUGAGGGGUGAGUUACUAGUUUUUGCUGUUUUGAUUCUCCAAAUGAUUGCUGUAUGUUACAUAAUGUGUUUAAAGUGAAGCAUCUUUAUCUGUAGGAAUCAAGUUUACUCACUAAGUUCACAAUGUGUCAGACAUCAGGCUGGCAUCAGCCCUGGUGUUGGAAAACAAUGGAAUAACAAUGACGAUAAUUACUGUGUUGUUACCAUGCUGACCGUGGAGUCACGUGAACAUGAAGCUACUGAUGCACAAUAAAUUUAGGACAGACAGCAGUUCUGCUCACAGGGACAACAACCUGCCUCAGGCAGAGUGUGGGUGGAUCGUUUUAGGCUUCAGACGUGAUCCAACAGGCAGCUCGAGAUGUUUUUUGUUUCUUUGUUCUCAGAAUACUUACUGGAGGACAUUUUGGGGAAUUUUGUGUUUCACUAACAGGUUAAGAUUUCUCAUGUCUUAAAAGCUUCUCUGAGAUGUCAAAUGCAACUAAGUCUCUGACCAACACGACUGUUGGACGAGGCUUACUGGAGAGAGUGAUGUUCUCCACUCUGACCACAGCCUCCUGCUGCGUCUUCCUCUUCAUUAAUCUGACCAUGUUAUUCACCCUGAGGAGUAAACCGGUGUUUCGUGAGACGUCUCGUUACGUCCUCCUGUUUAACCUCCUUUUUGCAGAUACUACGCAGAUGGCACUGAGUCAGUUACUGUACAUACUGUCUGUCUGUAAAAUAACACUGACAUAUCCUGUCUGUGGACUUCUAGUCAUGCUGGCCAAUCUCACAAGUGAAAUCUCCCCUCUCACGCUGGUGUUGAUGUCUCUGGAGAGGUAUGUGGCUGUGUGCUACCCACUGAGGCACGCCACCAUCGUCACCAUCAGAAACACGGGGCUGGCUGUCCUCCUGGUCUGGGCUUUCAGUUCACUCAAUAUCCUCAUUCGAGUUGUGUUACUGUUAGACUUUCCAUUUUCAGAGCUGGAGAGCCUGCAGAUGAAAGAUUUUUGUAAUACACUUGUCAUGUUUCUUGGGACAGUAUCUGAUUUUUAUGACAAAGCCUACACCGGCUUCCUGUUUGUGUCGGCUGGUGUGGCAGUCACGUCCUCCUAUAUCGGCGUGAUGGUAGCAGCCAGGUCAGCCUCCACAGACAAAGCUUCAGCCCAGAAGGCUCGUAACACACUGCUGCUGCAUGUGGUGCAGCUGGGCCUCAGUCUCUCCUCCACCAUACACAACCCGAUGCUCAUCGCUGUCUCACGUGCUGUGACCAGAUUAGUACUUGUGCGUAUACAGAAUGUUUUGUAUGUGUGUUUUAUCCUUCUCCCCAGAUGUCUGAGUGCUCUCAUCUAUGGUCUCAGAGACCAGACUAUCAGAACCGUCCAGGUCUACUAUUUAUGCUGUGGGUUGACGCUGUUGUCCCAGCUGAGGUCUCAGAUUCAUGGAACAAAUUCGUCCGUUAGUUAAUGUCCUGACUCAGAACAGAUGGCAUGCAGAUUUAGUUGUUUUGAUGUAUUUUUUUAAAUCCACAUUCUUACAGCGACUGAAGCUGGAAAAGAUUUGUUCCAGUUGUGUGGUGUGGUUGU